UCUCGUCUCAUUACAUAUCACAGAACUAAAGAUGGCACAGAGUUUUCGCAUGGCCGUUGCAGUUCUUGGGAAUGCUGCUUCGGUAUCCCUCUAUGCUGCUCCAACGGUUACUUUCAAAAGGGUCAUAAGGAAGAAAAGUACUGAGGAGUUUUCAUGUCUUCCUUACAUCAUCGGACUCCUGAACUGUCUCCUCUUCACAUGGUAUGGCUUACCUGUUGUGAGCUACAAAUGGGAAAAUUUCCCUCUGGUCACGGUCAAUGGCGUUGGGAUUGUUCUUGAGUUAUCUUACGUUCUCAUCUACUUCUGGUAUGCUUCUGCAAAAGGAAAGGUGAAGGUGGCCUUGACAGCGAUGCCAGUUAUCGUAGCGUUUUGCAUCAUCGCUAUCGUCUCAAAUUUUGCCUUCCAUGACAGUCGUCAAAGGAAGCUUCUCGUGGGUAGCAUCGGCCUCGGUGUUUCAGUGGCAAUGUAUGCAUCUCCUCUUGUUGUCAUGAAAAAAGUUAUACAAAGCAAGAGCGUGGAAUUCAUGCCAUUGCCAUUAUCGCUGUGCUCGUUCUUGGCUAGUGUCCUUUGGUUGACAUACGGACUUCUGAUCCGCGACAUAUUCGUUGCGGGACCAAGUGUGAUCGGAGCUCCUCUGGCCAUUCUGCAACUUGUACUUCACUGCAAGUACUGGAAAGGAAAAGUCGCUGAAGAACCAAACGGGCAGGACCUGGAAAAGAUAGAUGUGGUAAAGGAAGGCUCAGAAAUAAUGGCGGAUUUGGAAAAAGGAGAACUAGAAAUGAAGAUCACAAAUGAUCCAAGCAAGACCAACUCCUGAUCAACGACAAGGCUGAAAAUUUUGCCCAAACAAUUUUCGGUUUCCUGUCUGGGUCUUGAAAAAUAAAGUCUUCUUUAUUGUUCAGAGCUAGUAUUUUCAUGAUCGUAUUAUCGCAUAAAGUUAGUGUGCUUCCUAAUACAUGGGGACGUGCUUUGUUUCCCUGAGAACUGGUUUUUGCCACCCAGCUCAAGUUUCCAACGCAUGGCUUGUUUGUAUUUGGGAGUAUAACUUGCCAAAUAAUAUAAAGUGACAUUCAAAUUCAA